AUGUCGAAAUUUAUCUUGGUUUUUUUGACCUGUGCAAUUGUAAAAGAAAUAUAUGGAUUUGACGUGGAUCCUUCACUUCAAAAUGGAGGGAAUUGUGACCAAACAACUACUACUACACCUUCUGAUCCUGUUGUCGUAGAAACAGAAAAGCCUUAUAAUGGUUGUAGUGUGGACAUUCGCUUGAAACCUAUGUUAGAAGUUAAAUUGAACUGUAACAAAACAACUCCUACAACUACUCCGGAUCCUAUUCUUAUUCAAGUACUCGAAUGGGGUAAAGGUGAUAAGUAUGAAAAAUGUGUCAAAGCCAAUAGUAAUCGGGAUCCUAGAGAUAUUUAUUUUAUUUGUAAUCAGUUUAAAAAGCAAUGA